GAAGAUGAAGAAGAUGACAGAUCCUCACACAUGGACUCGAGCUCUGUCUGAUGGACGAACACAGUCUCGGAUGAUUGACAGCCUCGUGACCCAAUAGACAGGAUGAUCGCCACCGGCGGGCUGCUGAGGAUUUCCCGUCGCCAGGACUCGCUGCGAACCAAGAACCACGCGGAGAACAAGAAGAAGCGGAAAGCUCGGAAGAAGCGCAAGAACGACGUGGUGGUGGUGAAGGGCAAAGUGAAGCUGUGCUCCGUCUCUGGGCUGGUGGCAGCGCUGGGGGUCUUGAUCCUGAUGAUCGGCAUCACCAUGGCCGUACUGGGAUACUGGCCCAAAGAGAGGAACCAGGAGAAAUUCAUCAAACCCGUGCCACAAAUAACAACCGAGAACUUUACGAGCAAUAACGAGUUAGUGAAGUCGAACGCUUCCUCCAGCUUCUUCAGAAGUCUGCUUGUGAGAUAUUUAUACUCGGACAACCUCAAAGUCUUCGGACCGUUAGUGAUGGGCAUCGGGAUUUUCCUCUUCAUCUGCGCCAACGCGGUUCUCCACGAGGAUCGCGACAAGAAAACCAAAAUCAUCAACCUGCGAGACAUUUACUCCACAGUCAUCGAUAUCCACAGUUUGCGAACCAAAGACUGCGUCCCGUUCAACGGCGUCAUCGUGCAACCGAAGAGCGAUAAACCGGCGUCUCCACGAAACAACAGAUGGCCAUCGUGUGCGAGGAAACACAGCUUGUUUGCGAAGCACCCGUCGUUCGCCGACACCAUCUACAGCAUUCAUCACGGAGCCGAGUGGGAGACGCACUCCAUCGUCACGUCGUCGCUCAAUGCCUUCACGCUCCCCGUCAUCAAACUCAACAACUGCGACGUGCAGGAGAACGAAGCUCCGCGGCGUAAGAGCUGCGUCGCGACGCUGGAGACCAAAGCGGAGGUCUCGAGGACACGGAUGUGUCUGUCGCACCUGUCUCUGAACGCACUGAUGGAUCCCGGAGCCAGGCGUCUGGACGAGAGCUCGCGCAGGUUCAGCUGUCCCAGACUGGAGCGAUCGGGGAGCAAGGGCUACUUUAAACUCUCCGAUCGGGGACAAGAUUCGCUCGAGACGCCCGACGCGGGGCGAGAGGAGGAAGAGACCCACGCUCUUCAGGAAAACUCAGAUACACGUCUGCAGAAACACACUGCGUGUCAUUCGUGA